AGCCCCGAGCCGGGGAUGCGGGCACGAUGCCCUCCGCCGGGGCCGCCGCGCUGGCCUGGGCGCUGUUUUGGCUGCUCGCCCCUCCGUCCGCCCUGCCCGAACCCCUGGACCCGAAGAAGAACGUGGAGCAGAAGGACGCCGUCUUCGACAAGAUCUACACGGACUGGGUGGCCGCCGACACGCUCAACAUCUACGCCUUCAACCACACGGUGCUGAGGAACAGGACGGAGGGAGUGCGGGUGUCGGUGAACGUCCUGUCCGACCACAAGGACCUGCCUGUGCUCUUCGUGGUGAGGCAGAAGGAGGCGGUGGUCUCGUUCCAAGUGCCACUCAUCCUUCGGGGGCUGUACCAGAGGAAAUACGCCUACCAGGAGGUGAGCCGCACGCUGUGCCAACCGCAGACCAAGGUGGAGGUGGAGACCCAGCACUUCUUUGUGGACGUUUCCACGCUGUCCCUCAACGCCUCCUACCAGCUGCGGGUCACCCGCGUGGAGAACUUUGUGCUGCGGACGAAUGAAGCCUUCGCCUUCAAUGCCACAGCAUCACAGCCGCAGUACUUCAAGUAUGAGUUCCCCGACGGAGUGGACUCGGUGAUUGUGAAGGUGACCUCAGCCAUGGCCUUCCCCUGCUCCGUCAUCUCCAUCCAGGACAUCCUGUGCCCCGUCUACGACCUGGACAACAACGUGGCUUUCAUCGGGAUGUACCAGACUAUGACCAAGAAAGCGGCCAUCACGGUGCAGAGGAAGGAUUUCCCCAGCAACAGCUUCUAUGUGGUGGUUGUGGUGAAGACAGAAGACGAGGCCUGCGGAGGAGCCCUCCCCUACUACCCCCUCUCCAAGCGCACCUCCCCAGAUAAGCCAGUGGAUCAGCACAACCGGCAGAAGAUGCUGGAGGUGAUGGUGUCACCGGCCAUAACCUCGGAGGCGUACGUGAGCAGCAUGCUCUUCUGCCUCGGCAUCUUCCUCUCCUUCUAUGUCAUCACGGUGCUCAUCGCCUGCUGGGAGAAUUGCCGUCAGCACAAGAAGAAAGGGCUCUUGGCUGCCAUGGACUCGCCCAGCCUGGACACGGCAUCCUUACUGGGGCACGCCCACAGCAUCCCAGACUCCUUCCUCGGGCAUGCCCCCUACGUGGGCUGUGGAUACGGCUCCUUUGAGAAUGGUUCCUCCUGCAGCACCGAGGCCAUCACAGACAGCAUGGGCUCUGCAGACGUCUCCUAUGGAUACAUGGGGCAGGAGCAGUUCAAGCGGCGCAUCCCCUCCUCCCCGAUGAGGCACCAGUGCAUUGCCAUGGGAGAGCGGUCGCUGGAGAACGUGGCCGGCCGGCCGCGCCUGGAUUCCCUCAGCUCUGUUGAAGAGGACGACUACGACACGCUGGCCGACAUCGACUACGACAAGAACGUCAUCCGCACCAAGCAAUACCUCUGCGUGGCUGACCUGGCCCGCAAGGAUAAGCGGGUGCUGCGGAAGAAAUAUCAGAUCUACUUCUGGAACAUUGCCACCAUCGCUGUGUUCUACGCGCUGCCCGUCGUCCAGCUCGUCAUCACCUACCAGACGGUGGUGAACGUCACCGGCAACCAGGACAUCUGCUACUACAACUUCCUGUGUGCCCACCCGCUGGGGAACCUCAGCGCCUUCAACAACAUCAUCAGCAACCUGGGCUACGUGCUGCUGGGCUUGCUCUUCCUGCUCAUCAUCCUGCAGCGGGAGAUCAACUACAACAGGGCGCUCAUGCGCAAUGACACACGCGCCCUGGAGUGUGGCAUCCCCAAGCACUUUGGGCUCUUCUAUGCCAUGGGCACGGCGCUGAUGAUGGAGGGGCUGCUCAGUGCCUGCUACCACGUCUGCCCCAAUUACACCAACUUCCAGUUCGACACCUCCUUCAUGUACAUGAUUGCUGGGCUCUGCAUGCUGAAGCUGUACCAGAAACGGCACCCAGACAUCAACGCCAGUGCCUACAGCGCCUAUGCCUGUCUGGCUGUUGUCAUCUUCUUCUCUGUCAUUGGUGUGGUCUUUGGCAAAGGCAACAUGGUCUUCUGGAUCAUCUUCUCUAUCAUGCACAUCAUGGCCACAUUGCUGCUGAGCACCCAGCUCUACUACAUGGGGCGCUGGAAGCUCGACACAGGCAUCCUGCGCAGGAUCCUUCACGUGAUGUACACAGACUGCGUCCGGCAGUGCAGUGGCCCCAUGUACGUGGACCGAAUGGUGCUCUUGGUUAUGGGAAACAUCAUCAACUGGUCCCUCGCCGCCUACGGGCUCCUUGUGCGCCCCAAUGACUUCGCUUCCUACCUGCUGGCCAUCGGCAUCUGCAACCUGCUCCUCUACUUCGCCUUCUACAUCAUCAUGAAGCUCCGCAGCGGUGAACGCAUCAAACUCAUCCCCCUGCUCUGCAUCAUCGGCACCUCUGUGGUCUGGGGCUUUGCACUCUUCUUCUUCUUCCAGGGUCUCAGUACCUGGCAGAAAACACCAGCGGAGUCCCGGGAGCACAACCGUGACUGCAUCCUGCUCGACUUCUUUGACGACCACGACAUCUGGCACUUCCUCUCCUCCAUUGCCAUGUUUGGUUCGUUUCUGGUGCUGCUGACGCUGGAUGACGAUUUGGACUGCGUCCAGCGGGACAAGAUCUACGUCUUCUAGAGCCUGGAGGAGGGGGGCCAGGCACGGUGUGGCACCCAGGGACCCGCCGUCCUACUGCUCCCCAGUGCCACAACCCAGGGCUGUGCCAAAAGCCCAGCAGGACCCCAUGGACCGUGCCUGCGCUGUGGGUCCCCACCGGAUGCUCCGUCCUCAUCGCCAUUCCCACAGCAGGCCGGGGUCCCUUGGCCCCACUGUACCUCCUGCUCACCGUGCCAUCCUGGGGGCUGCCCAGCACAGGUCCUCGCCAAAAGCGGUUCUGGGGAUGCGCUGCGGUGCCCGGCCCUAAUCCUGCACUGGGACUGCGCCCAUCCUUGGUGAUAAGUGACACUGGAAAGGCGCUGGUGGGCUGCCCGUCCCGCAGCUCCACACACACCGGUGUGGGACCUUCAGUGCCUAACGCCCAGGUGUGGGGCACUGCGAUGCCUUCGCACCCCAGGGCGGCCAUGGGGCUCAGAGCCUCUCGGGGUUUUUAUUCUCCCGUCCGCUGCUCCUGCAGUGCUCAGCACUCAGCUGGGCUCCGGGCGGCUCACAUUAAAGUCUCUGCACUUUACAGCA